AUGAAAAAACCCCCGGCUGAUUUACUUUUCACCCUCUUGCCUCUUACACGUCGCUGCGCCUCUGCCGAGAGCCUGCUUGGUCUCAGUCUGCAUACUCCAGUGGAUUUGGAGCUCGUGGAAGCUCUUGGUAGACGGAACAAAUGGUUUGAAACACCUGCAGCUGGGAAGAUGGACGAGUUUUUCACGAGCGGCUCAGGAAGAUUGCUACAACAGGAUGAACCCAAACGAAAUCAGGAGAAGCAUGGAAAUGUGAUCGAGUAA